UGUGCCACUUGACUAUAUAGACUGAAGGGUGUUUCUGUAACACAAAGGCAGAGGGUGUUUGCAAAGCACGGCGGGGCAGCUAAACGUUUGAAGACGCGAAGCAAAAAGGUCAAAAUGUUUAUAUUAUUUUUGAAAAGGGAGGUGCUGAGAUCUCCUUUCCGCCUGAUUGGCCGAACUUGACAGUGAUUGACGUGCAUCCAUGGCAACCGGGCAGCCAAUCUGCCAAGUCCAAUAGGAAAUCAUCGGAGGGGGCUUGACUGUCUUUUUCUCCCCCCUUAAAAAAUACAUCUCGGCUCCGGCUUUAAUUCUUUCGUACUUCCAAUCCCAGCCUACCUUGAAAAAUACAUCGCGGCUCCGGCUUUAAUUUCCUCGCACCUUCAGCCCUUUGCCUGCCAAGUUUGCCAAGCCCGAGGAUGCGGUAGCCGGCCCCCACGCAGCAUCGGUCCUCCUCCGCGGCGUUGUGGUGUGUGCGCGUUUUUCACGGCUGGUCAGACGAUUGGUUCGGUAACUUUGGGAUUGCCUUGUUUUUUGGGAGCCUUGGACUGCCUUGGCGCACGGAGAGCAGAAACAGGAGGACCCGACGCGGAGGAGAGAGAGAGAGAGGAGAAAGGAGGGGGAGAGGGAAACACAGGAGAAGCCUCCAUGUUUCAGCUGCCCAUCUUGAAUUUCAGCCCCCAGCAGGUCGCCGGGGUCUGCGAGACUCUGGAGGAGAGCGGGGACGUCGAGCGCCUCGGCCGCUUCCUCUGGUCGCUGCCCGUCGCGCCAGCGGCCUGCGAGGUCCUCAACAAGAACGAGUCGGUACUGAGGGCCCGGGCCGUCGUCGCCUUCCACACCGGCAAUUUCCGUGAACUCUACCACAUCCUGGAGAACCACAAGUUCACCAAAGAGUCGCACACGAAGCUGCAGGCGCUGUGGCUCGAAGCGCACUACCAGGAGGCGGAGAAGCUGCGGGGACGCCCGCUGGGGCCGGUGGACAAAUACAGGGUGCGGAAGAAGUUCCCCCUACCCAGAACCAUAUGGGAUGGAGAGCAGAAAACCCACUGCUUCAAGGAGAGAACCCGGCACUUGUUACGAGAAUGGUAUUUGCAGGAUCCCUACCCGAAUCCCAGUAAAAAGAGGGAGCUUGCACAGGCUACAGGACUUACACCCACACAAGUAGGAAACUGGUUCAAAAAUCGCAGACAAAGAGACAGAGCAGCGGCUGCGAAGAACAGGCUCCAGCAGCAGGUCCUGUCCGGCGGCUCGGUCCGCUCCCUGGCGGACGAGGACGGCACCGUGGACCGCCUGGGGAACUCGUCCAGUCCGGAGGCCAGUCUGUCCAGCAAAGCAGCCGCCUCGGCCAUCUCCAUCACCUCCAGCGACAGUGAAUGUGACAUCUGACGGGCAGAUCCACGGUGUUGAUGAGUUAAAGAGGGAUACGAGUGAAAGACAAUCCAAUAAAACAAGUCAUAGUGCCUGCGUUGAGUUAAACACACACACACAUACACACACACAUGAACUGAUAUUUGACGGGUGCCAAAACAUGAGGGGAUCUGUGAUCUGCGGCGGACUGCCCGUCCUUUUCCUUUUAGGCCUACAUUUUUUUUUGUUUGCGUUUUACCCACGUGCGGAUAACUGAACUUAAUACGGAAGACACAUAUUUGACGGACUAAUAAACCAACGCCCCGAGAUGAAAAGUUAAAAAAAGAAGAAAACAAUUACAACAAAAAAAGAAGGGAUGAAGGCAUCCGAGCGCCUAACCUGCUGUUCUCUGUGGGUAUUUCAUGUUGAAAAAGAACUGUGAUAUUUUUACUUUACUUUCAAAGUUUUAUAAAUAAUGUUUAUUUGCCUAUUUAAAAAACGAUCUGCUCUGUCUCUUCGAAUUUCAUAUUCAUUUGCUUGGUGUUUUUAAUACUUACCUUGUACACAGGUGAACCUGUUGAGCAUGCGCGCUUUAGUGAAAAUGUGUUUCAGUAAAAGAAAAAAACAGUAAAGAUAACUUAAUAAAAUAAUUGUUGAUCAAGAGAGUAUAAAGUUUACUCUUAUUUUUUUAAAUGCUGUGUGGGGUGAUGAGAUUGUAAAAAAAAAAAAAUUCUUAUAUAAAAUCCUCUUUUCGUGAUGAUAACGCCACUGUGCUGUAUUCCCUGACACGUUUCACAGAGGCCUAAUUGGCCAACAUGCUUUGCGUCGUGUAAUGCAGGGUGACAGCGAGAGGUCACAGAGAGGCCGACUCACUAACCCGGAUGAUCUGCGAGAGAGAUCAUAGAGAUCAAAACACAGCAGAUUGUGCAAACGGGCCUUAUUCUGCCCGUGGAGAGGGACACACACAAUAUAGGGACUGGGCUCCUUCAAAAAUCUCUGCAAGUGUCCAUUUUCCCAAGACAGGCUUUAAUUUAGGAAAUAGGCCGUGCAUGGUGCAGAUGCAUCCUUGGAAUUAACACAAAAUGACGGAUUAAUUAUGGCUGAAUUUGUGGAGCAUUAAUGCACACAUAUAUAAUCUGAAAAUUACAAAUUAUCUUAGGAAAAAAUGGCUUAUUUGUGUUGCCCAGUUUUGUGGUUUUAGUUGACUGCAGGCUCAAUUUAAAUCCAGCAGUGUCCCUCCUUUAAUUAAAUGUCCCCACUAUUUUCACUUCCUCUCUGUGGAAGGCUGUCU